CUUGAUAAUACUGUUUGAUAUGAUAAGAGUACAAACACGAGUCGCUCUAAAUACUCGGAUUCUGAAUGUAGAAAGGAGUGGCAGUAUCAAGUUGGCAAGACUUUGCUUAACAAUGAGCAAACCGAUAGUACUCGUAAAACAAGGUAAAUUGGAAGGCGCGGUACUGAAAAGUGCCCUAGGAUUAUCAUAUAUCGGCUUCAAAGGAAUACCUUUUGCUGCUCCUCCUAUCGGAAAUCUCAGAUUUAAGGAUCCUCAACCACCUGCACCAUGGGCUGGUAUCAAGGAUACAUCCAAAGCCAAAAAAUACAUCUGUCCACAAUUGCAAGAAGUUCCGCCUUUCGAUGUUAUUGGUGACGAGGAUUGUCUUUACUUAAAUGUUUAUACGAAUUCUCUCAAUCAAUCGAAACCGGUUAUGUUCUGGAUACAUGGAGGAGCAUUCAUACUAGGAAAUUCGAGCUUCUACGAAUCGAGGCCCGAUUAUUUACUCGCUAAAGAUGUUGUAGUUGUCUCAGCUAACUACAGGCUUGGCGCAUUCGGAUUUUUAAAUUUGGGUCACCGAGUCGCGCCAGGAAAUCUAGGCUUAAAAGAUUUAAUCGCAGCUCUAGAAUGGGUGAAGGAAAAUAUUGCCAACUUUGGCGGAGAUUCCAAUAAUGUUACGAUUUUUGGAGUUAGUGCUGGAGGUGCUCUAGUACAUUCCUUACUCGUAUCGCCUCGCGCGAAAGGACUGUUUCACAAGGCGAUUUUGCACAGUGGAACGUUGACAUGCCCUUGGGCAAGCCGAGGUGCUGAAUAUCGUCCUAAACGUGGUUUUAAACUCGCUUCACUUCUUGGAAAAGAUUCUAAUGAUCCUGUCGAAGUUGUCGAAUUUUUACGGACGGUGCCCGCUGAGGACAUCGUGAAGGCUCAAGCCUCUCUGUUAUCUCCAGAGAAAGAGGAGACUAGUACCCUUGCUUUUGGACUCGAUUACGACGAAGUGGCGGAGAAUCCUGUUUUACCAAAACCGAUCGAACAAUUAAUUGCAAAAGAAGCAGAUGUGCCUGUGAUAAUUAGUUACACCGCUCAGGAAUAUAUUAUGUUCUUGAAAGAUAAAAGCGAAAAAUCAAUCAAUUCUUUUAACCAGAAUCUGUAUAACCAUUUGAAAACUUUGAGAUCAUUGAAGACGAUAGAGGAUGCAGAAAUGGAAAAAUUGUUCGAGCUGGUGAAAAAUCAGUAUUUCGGUGGAAAACCGAUUAGCGAAGAAAACAUAAGCGAAUAUUCAGAAUUGCUUACUCUUAUUAAUUUCGGCAUUCCCGCGAUGAUGCUGUUAGAGGAUCGAGUAAAAAGAACAACCGCGCCUAGUUAUUUCUGUGUAUUUUCGUACAUUGGCAAUGAAAAAGCCCCGACGGAUCUCCUAGUAACACGACUGUUUUCUGGAGCGUCUCAUGUAGAUGACAUCGCGUAUUUAUUAUAUUUACCCAGAUGUAAAACUGACAAUCCUGAUCCACCAACGGUUGGUACGAAGGAUAGGAUUACGUUAGAACGAAUGACUAGAAUGUGGACUAAUUUUGCCAGAACUGGGAAUCCUACCUCGGUCAAAGAUGAGUUUGUCAACGUUGAUUGGAAGCCUGCAACGACGAAGGAGCUUUGUCAUUUAAAAAUUGACGAUGAAUUACAGUUGCUGUCUCUACCACCACACCUUUUAUCCUCUAAAUAGGUCUCAUCAAUUGUUUUUUGCUUUAACGAAGAUCAAUUUGCAAUUUUUCUUACGACGACAAAUUAUCAAAAAAUAUUUUCAUCUCAGAGGAACGUAUUAAAACGUGAUAAAAAAUGUAAUCUUAAUCUAUCUGGGUGUUAGAUUAUCUCGAUGUCUUCACUGAAAUGACGGAAUUAUAUUUUUUAUAUAAUUGUACUUAUAGAAACAAUGUCCGUCUGAAUAUUGUUUCCACAUUUAUAUAAUAUAUUGUAUUCAUAUAUAGUAAGCAGA